AUGAAUCCAAUUAGUAACACAACUACCACCACAACAACAACAACAUCAACAAGUUAUAAAACAUCAGAGGCCACAACACUUGAUAAUAAUAAUUUAGAAGAAAAUGUAAAAUAUUUAAUAAAUAAUAAAGAUGAAAAAGUUUUAACAAAUGACACCAAAUCAUCGCCACCAAGUUUAGGUAUACCUCAGCCAAAUAAUAUACCACCACCCUCACCAUCUUUACAAAAACAAAGCAGUUUAUUAGAAAACAUUGAGGAGUUAAUAUUAUCAAUUGAUGUCGGCACAACUAAUAUUAGAGCAAUUAUGUUUGAUAAAGAGUUAAAUAUUAUAUCCAAAUCAAUUCAAAAUAUUCCAUUAAUUGUUGAUGAUAAUAAGCCAGGAUAUAUUGAACAGUGCCCAGAUAGACUUUGGGAGGCAUGUAAAAUUGUAAUGAAAGAAGCAAUUGAAUUAUCACCAGCAAAAGAUAAUGUUAAAUUAGUUAAAGCAAUAGGUAUAACUAACCAACGUAGCUCAUUUUUAACAUGGCGUAGAGAUACCGGUAGACCAAUACAUAAUUUAAUCACUUGGCAAGACGGAAGAUCAGGUGAUAUUUGCAAAAAUGCAAAUAACAGUCUAGCAGUUAAAGGUAUUCAUGGAGCAACUAAAUUUGUACAUUUAUUCACAGGUAAACCACGUUAUUUAAUGGCAAGUCAAUUGGAUUUCUCUACAGCACAUUCGUCAACCCGUUUAGCAUGGGUAUUAGAUAAUUUACCAGAGGCAAAGAAAGCGGCCAGAGAACAACAAAUGUUAUUUGGUACAAUCGAUACAUGGUUACUUUGGAAUUUAACUGGUGGUAGAGAGCAUGCUACAGAUUAUAGUAAUAUUAGUGCAACAGGUUUAUUUGAUCCAUUCGAAAUGAAACUAAAUAGUGUGGUAUUUUAUCUUUUCAAUAUUCCAACUCAUAUUAUGCCAAAAAUAUAUGAUACAAGUCAUCACUAUGGUUCAACUUUACCCGAAUUAUUUGGUCACCCUAUUCCAAUUACUGCGCUUUGUGGUGAUCAACAAUCUGCAAUGUUUGGUGAGUGUUGUUUUGAAGAAGGUGAUACAAAGCUCACUAUUGGUACUGGCUGUUUUGUAAAUAUUAAUACUGGUUCACAAGCUCGUGCCUCUAGAUCUGGUAUGUAUCCGCUUGUUGGAUGGAAAAUUAAAGAUGAGGUUACCUAUGUCAUGGAAGGUAAAGGUAUGGCCGCUGGUACAGCAAUUGAUUGGGCUCAAUCUUUUGGAAUGUUUAAUGAUGCCUGGGAAACGAGUGCAAUGGCAUUCUCGGUGCCACACUCUCAAGGUGUAGUAUUUGUACCUGCAUUCACAGGUUUAGCACCACCCCACAAUGAUCCUCGUGCCCGUGGUCUUAUCAUUGGUAUGUCGCCCUCAACUCGUAAAGAACAUGUUGUCAGAGCACUCUUGGAGUCUUUUGGUUACCGUUGUAAAGAAUUAAUUGAUGGUAUCAUUUUUGAUAAUUAUACUUCAAUUCGUAGAAUCGUGGCAGAUGGUGGUGUUUGUCAAAAUGACUUUGUAAUGCAAUUCAUCAGUGAUAUAGUUGGUGGUAAAAUUGAUAGAGCCGCUCAUCCUGAGAUGACUGCAUCUGGUGUCUGUAUGUUGGCUGGUUUAAAUGUAGGUGUUUGGAAAUCAAAAGAAGAGUUAUCUAAAUUAAGAAAAAGCUCAAGAAUAUUCGAACCAAGAAUGAGUAAAGAUAUAAUCAGAAAACUAUUUAAAAGAUGGGAAAGAGCUGUCAAGAGAAGUAUGUUUUGGUCCGAAAAUAGUUUCGCUGGUGAAGGCGAUGAUGGUUAUUUGGAUAUUGAAGAAGAAAAUAGGUUAAGACAUUUACAAGAAGAACAAGAUCAAUUAAAUAAUUCAAAUUUAACAACAAGUCCAUCAAUACCCAAACCAUCUUUACCAAAUAAAAAUAAAUAA